AUGCUGAAGAGCACCGACGACGCGAAGAACGUCAGGAAAGACAAGCUCACGAACCAAUGGAGCGAGAGGAACGCGGCCAAGGCUGCUGAAGCUCUACUUGAACGAAGGGCUGCGGGGUUGGCUGAAAGCAGACGUCAAUUUGACGAACGCAUGAAACUGGAUCGAGAAGAGGCCCGAGAGAGACACCAGCAGAUGAUGCUGGUGCUAACGGCCAUGAUCCUUAAGGCAAACACCAAACCAAACGAGAUGUAG